AUGGCCAUGACUAGGCUUCUAAAGCUCGAAUACAUCGGAAUGGGGCCUGGAGAGGCCACAGAACACAGAUCUGCAGGGGAUCUGAACGGACGCCGUCGAGCUCAGACCUCGAAAUCUCGAACACCCAUGGAAAAUUUGGGUAUCAACACCAACAUCCCUACAAAUUACCCGAACACCCCACUCGGAUACCCCACCAUGUCAGCUUAUUUUGUCGGAAAGCCUUCUGAGGUUCGCCCCCAGACACUAAUUUCGGGAGUGGCUUCUAACAUAUUCACCGCACCACCAACCUCGGCCACGGCACAGCCAACAUUGCCCAGGCCAAGUUUUGAGCCGUCAUCCUUUACCUUCCAAAUACCACCAUUUCAAUCGGACAUGGCUCAUGUCACUACAAACUCCUACCCUCAACAACCGCGGUAUGAGUUUAUCGCGGGACAAGAGAGAACUGUAAAGAAUCCCGAGCAAGAGGAGAUCACUCGGAAAAUGAAAAGCAUAGAACAAAUUCUCAAGAACAUACAAGGCCUGAGUGGCCAGAAAAGUGUCUCCUACGCUGAUUUGUGCAUGUUCCCGCAUGUUCAUCUGCCCAUCGGCUUCAAGACUCCCAAGUUUGAAAAAUAUGAUGAACACGGGGACCCCAUAGCCCAUCUGAAGAGGUAUUGCAAUCAACUAAGAGGAGCGGGCGGAAAAGAAGAACUCCUAAUGGGUUACUUCGGGGAAAGUUUAGUCGGAAUUGCAUCUGAAUGGUAUAUGGAGCAAGACAUCUCCCGCUGGCACAUAUGGGAUGACUUGGCCCGAGACUUUGUCCGGCAGUUCCAGUACAAUGUGGACAUAGCUCCAUAUAGAAAUUCUUUGUACAAUUUCAAAAAGAAGUCUUCGAAGAGCUUCCGAGAGUAUGCUGUCAAGUGGCGCGAACAAGCUGCCAGGGUGAAACCCCCAAUGGAUGAGACCGAGAUGGUCAGUGUCUUCCUGCAAGCCCAAGAGGCUGAUUACUUCCAGAACAUGAUGUCCGUUAUGGGCAAGCCAUUUGCAGAAGCCAUAAAGAUUGGAGAAAUGGUAGAGAAUCAUUUGAAAACGGGUCGCAUCCUGAGCCAUUCGGCUAUAAGAGCUACCCCUCAAGCAAUCCAGAGUGGGUCAUGGGCUGCAGCAAAUCGGAAAAAGAAAGAAGAAGUGGCAAUGAUGGCCUCAAGUCUGAGAAACCCCCGUCAACCCCGAGGUUACUUCGAUUCCUCUUCAAGCACCCCGCAACAUAAUUACCCUCACCAAGAUGCGGCUUAUGCCAUGACUCCUCAGCCUUAUGCAGUAAAGAAUGCCCAGCCAUACGCUCGGCCACAACAACAGUAUAACCAGAACAAAGCUCCUCCUUCUAGAAAUAACCCUCCUCACCAAGCUCCAUAUAAUCCCCGUCCACCACAGAAUAACUUUCCAUAUAACGCCCGUGCCCGUGAGCCACCCAGAAAAACCAACUUCACGCCCAUUGGUGAAUCUUUCCAAAGCUGGUCCAAAUGGGCUUGUUGCAGCUCGUACCCCCGAACAGGCAAAACCCAGAGUCACCCUCCUACCGACCCGGUACCCGAUGACCCCUCUAAAUGCAGUUCUACUUGUUUUGAAUCAGGCCACAUGUAG